CAACAACCUCGCGCGAUAGACGAAACCAUCGCGUUAGCCUCACCACCAUACCAUACCGUUCAUCCACCCACGACCAUGUCUGACAAGGAGUUUGGAGGCAAUGAGGAUCUCUCCCUGCCUAAGGCUACAGUACAGAAGAUUAUCAACGAAGUCCUCGCGACGAAUCCCUCUCUCAAAGAUGGCAACGGCACCAUGUCUUUCGCCAAAGAUACGCGGGACCUGUUGAUCGAUGCCUCUGUCGAGUUCAUCAAUCUGAUUUCCUCCGAAGCCAACGAAAUCGCCGAGAAAGAAGCGAAAAAGACCAUCGGUGCCGACCAUAUCUUCAAGGCCCUCGAGGAACUGGGCUUUGGCGACUACAACGAAGAGCUUGGGAAGGUUGCAGAUGGGUUCAAGGCGGAAAGCGCGAGACGCGAGAAGAAGCAAACGAAGAUCGAGAACAGUGGACUGAGUGCAGAAGAGCUCCAGAAAAUGCAGGACGAUCUGUUCAAGAAAGCUGGAGAGAAGUACACUGGCGAGUCACAGGACUAGGCGUCCAUUGAAGCUGGGAGGCUCCCAAACAUCGAGAAGACUCUCGGCGAAGGGGAGAAACACGAUUUCUCCGAAAUCGAGCCUGCAGUCAACACCCUAUCAGGGGGGCGGACCCAAAAAAAGGGAAAUGUGUUACAGCCGCAUGGUAUGUUCACCCUGUCUCUCCCUCCAAGCUCGGCAUCGCUUCGAGUCGACUGUGUCAUGAAGCUCGAGAGCACUAUAUAAUGCGAUGAAUCUGAGUCGGGCCAGCUCGUAUUGAGAGAUUCACAGUGUCGCGGACGCCAGAGGAGCGCAGGGCAAUGAAGACUGCAUGGCAAAAGGCGGCCAGGGCUUUGGCGAGAGAAAAUAAAGCAAAAGAGAAAAACGCAUCGAAAGAGAGGGAUAUCAAUCAGUAGACCGACCAUGCCUGAAAGUCGUGUCUUGGCUCCAAUAGAGAGGACCGCGUCCGUCAAUUGGAUAGUACUCCCUUUCCGGGUUCUAAGAGAGAAGGAGAGGUAUGGCACACAUAGCCACUUGGCUCUCCAAACCGUACUGUGCCGCGGUCAGCUGGGCUCAAGCCGCGAUGCGCCAACUCGAGCGGGAAUGAUCGAGGUGCACAAUGUCCACCGGCAAAGUUCUUGAGCGAAGACGAGCAGUGGCGGGGAAUCAUGGGCGACAGAGUUAUAGAGAACGGCUGCUUUACACAGCUGAUAUGAAUGAAUCACUGUUAUUGCCAAGGAUCCUUUUCUGCUGAGCGGGAUAUCUGGUGGUGCAACUCGUAGUCUGCUCGUGGCACAUAGCUGCCUAAGCUUGAACCGUGUUGUCAGAGCGACAGAUAUCUGGGCAUACGAUUCGGCAACUUUGGUCAUCUUACACGACGAUGUCGCACGACCAAUGGUAGCAACAUCCCACGACAUGGACACGAAGUGCCCGCAUUGAACCGGAAAGAACCAGACUCGCUUUAGACUGUGCAAGAGUUCGCGACAUUCUUUACUGGAGUACAAUAGGCCAUCUACGAGAUCGCCUACAGGAUAGAAGCUGCUUCAAGCAGAUUUCAUUGGCGCAAUCAACAAGUUGAAUUAGUGGAUUACAAGCUGCGGGCAAACAGACUCUGCCAACAAUACCUAGUCUCACCCUUUCAAGAAGUCAAACCAUCUCCGCUGAGCGUUGAAGAGUACGCUUAUCCUCCAUAGCUGCUAACCACCUUCCCCGUGUCUCGCAGCGGUCGUCGAAUUUGCGCAGAGAUGAAUUCGGUUAAUGUAGAAAAGAAGGUUGCAUUGGCGAGUUUCGUCCUUGUCGUGUGAGCAAUGAUGCGGAUCCAUCUACCACUUCGGGCCGGCUUUUCUUGGUUGGAGAAGGCGUGAUCUGAACAGUCUUGGUACAUAUACCAGUUGUUUACACAAGUCGCAAGCGUCGAACGACCCAUCACUUGCGCGA